AUGGACAAAGCCAACAAUCAUGGCAGGUUGACCACAUACCUGGUCCAUUAUCUUAAAGAGGAUGAUUCUGGCAUUCCUAUCCUAGUCAAGAUUUCUCCUCUCUGCAAACAGCUGCAUAUACUUGUUCUUGAGCCAGUACCCAUACAUCCAGUAGCACAUAAAGAUGCUAUCUGGUUUUUCAGUUGCAUCUGCAAGUAG